AUGGAGGCAGAUAAUCUCGCCCUCAAGGCCAUCUACUCCCGUUCUCUCAAGUCGGCCAAGGAGACGGCUGCCCUGAACACCCGCUCCGGCCAAGACCCGGACUUGUACUCGGCCGAUUCGGGAUCCGGCAAGUCUUUUGACGACCUUCUUGCUCGUGAAGACAUUGAAGCCGUCAUCAUCGCAUUGCCCAUCCCGAGCCAGCCCGAGCACAUCAGAGCUGCUCUUGCUGCUGGCAAGCAUGUCCUUGCCGAGAAGCCGCUUGCGCCCACCGUAGCUGAUGGCAAGAAGUUGAUUGAGUACUACCGUAGUCUGGGAGACAAAGCUACCUUCUCGAUUGCAGAGAACUUUCGGUACAAGCCAUCGUUCGACUAUGCCGCUGCGGAGGCCUCCAAGCUCGGAAAGCUGCAGCACUUCAGUGUACGUGUGUUCUUCUACAUGAGCGAGGAUUCUCAAUGGUACGGCACCGCUUGGCGUGCAAAGCCCGAGUUUCAGGGUGGUUUCCUGCUCGACGGCGGAGUGCACUUCUCUGCAGCGACACGACAGCUCCUCACAGAUCCAGCAGUCGAUGUGACAGCCUUCACGACUCAGAUACAACCUCACCUGGCACCAAUCGACACCGUGAACGCGGUGGUCCGACUCAAGAGCGGUGUAAGUGGCACGUACCAGCAGUCCUGCGGCUCCAAGAUGAGCACCUCAGUAUUCCAAUUCGGCUACGAGAAGGGCUCUGUGGUGGUCGACGGAGAUAAGGUGACCGUUACGCCGUGGGAUGGUGAGCCUGCUGUCAAAGAGUUUGAGAGGACGAGCGGUGUGACGGAGGAGGUUGAGGCGUGGUCGAAGGCGUUGGCUGAGGGAAGGCCGGAUAAAAGGCAGAGCGUCGAGGAGGCGUUGGCGGAUCUCGAGUUUUUGGAGUUGAUGUUUGAGAGUGGCCUCAAUGGAGGGCAGGCUAAGAAGUAUGAAUGUCAGUUGUGA